AGCAUCGACGCGACCUUUGGUGGAAAGUGCGACGUACCUAGUUAACGCAAAUCAUCAGGCACGACCGCAGGGGCCGUACACGAUCACAGUCCGCUCGCUGGGCUCCUGUCCUAAAUCAGAGUACGACGCCGAUGACGACCUCAUCAUAGAGGGAGUCCUACACUCUAAUCGUUCCAGCAAGGACCACCUCCUCUUCGACGGCUACUUUCAGGUGAAAAACAACGCGCUGACGCGAGGUGAAAGCAUGGUUAAGUUAGACGUCGCCAAGUGGGAUACAGUGUCGGGAUGGAGAGAGCACUUCUUCGUAGUGCCGCCACAAGACUUUUGUUUCGUUAUGGAAGAAGUAGGAAAAGAGUUGGUAGUGUUACUUGCCACACACAUCGAUGGUUUCCCUCGAAAGUGUCCUGUUCCCAACCGGACCUAUAAUGUCACUAACACGCCGUCCCGAGUCGGUCAGCUACGACAUUUUCCUGUCCUGCCCUACGGUCGAUUUCGCGCAUACGCGAUCGGCGUCUACUCCAAAAGACCAGAAGUCAAGAAACCUCGAUUCUGCAUCAAACUUAUCGUAGACUUGACUGAAAAAGUCAUAACGCAUAUAAGUUAGCAAGGUGAAAUAGUUAAUUUACAAGUCUAAUUGUAAACACUAUAUCGAGAGCGGCGCCAUCUUCCCG